UUUCCAAUUACUUAUCCUGGUCAGGAUCAAUGAACUAAAUAAAUCAAUGUAUGUAAAAUAAUCAAACUAAAAUGUCCUGCACUGGUUCUGUGUUAUAAAAUGUAAGGAGACACUGCCACUUCUAAACACUGAUGUGGAGAAUUCCUCUUGCUGUGAAGUGUCCUUUGCAAUUGGAGGAAGUUCACGCUGAACUUUAUUCCCUGAGCCCAGUAGUGUUGUUUUGCGCUGAAGCAGUCUGUGUGACAGUGACGGUGAGGUGAAGAAAUUGUGCGUUGUAACAUUUCUCCCGUCAUCCAGAAAUGGCUCCAUCAGACUCAUGACCAUGUUCUCUGCCAGCCUCUCCCUUUUCUGGUGACUGGGGUCCUUUCCCAAGUUAGGGGACACGUUGCAGACGUAUUUGGUCUCCAAAUCCGUGGCCAUCCAGAACUUGAUCCCAAAUUUGUCCGGCUUGGAUGUGAUAUAAUGCAUGGACAAUGAACCUUGGUCGGGAACAGCUGUACAUCUAUGGUCAUGUGUUCUCCUGGAGUGAAACUUUCAGCACAGUUCGCGGUGAAGAGAACGUGGUCAUGAGUCUGACGGAGUCAUUUCUGGAUGACAGGAGAAAUGUCACGAUGGACAAUUUCUUCACCUCACUGUCACACAGACUGCUUCACGUUACUGGGCAUGGUGAAUAACAUUUGCCAUGAACUUCCUCCAUUGGCAAAGGACACCGCACAGGGAGAGGAAUUCUCCACGUCAGUGUUUAGAAUGGCGCGCAUGUAUUCAGUUCGAGCAGCAACACGCAGGUGGUCAGUAGCUGUGUUUUACAACAUGCUGGGCCUGGUGGCAGUGAAUGCCUACAUUCUAUACAAGGCAUGUACAGGGUGGGAAGGCAAAAGAAGAUUCUUUCUGAGUCUUCUAGCCAAGGAACUCCACUGCUGAAUGCAGGGACAAUGGUCACUGGGUUUGCAAACGCUACAUUCUAUUUUCACUCAAUUUUUUAAUAAAUAAAACAGACUUGCGUUUCUUGUGUUUAUUUUUGUACUGUGGAAAUGAAGCAUUAUCAUGUUUUUCCAUGGACUGUAAAAUUUUGCAAUAUUCCCCUAAAUUGUGAAAGGUCGCACCAUACAUAUUGCACUGCAGACAGUGUGCCAGUUCUUAAUCUAAUGUGGCUUGAAGUUAUUUGUCGACUCAAGGUUUCUUAGAAGCCCUCUGAAUCUGAGCUAAACAGCACUGACAGCCCUGCCACCAAAACAUGUUUUUUUUUGUUUUUUUUUUUUGGGGCAACGCAAGGGCAGGCAAUAGGCUGACAAUUUCUGAACCUGCAAGCAUAUCUUCCGAGCCACAGUGCCACCACACCAGCAUUUUGCACCUAAUCCGUCAAGUUCCCUUCAACGCAGGCUUAAAUUCAAGCAAGCUUUUACCAUCAUAUGGCCUCCCAAGUGCUUUUCUUUAACAUGGACGAGUACAUCUAUGAGAAUGACAGCUAUGAUAACGGCACCUUCCAGGAGAUGUGCGAAACCAACUGGACCCAAAAGAUUUCCAUUAAAGUGGUCCAGAUGUGCAUCUUCUCAGUGGUGUUCCUUUUGGGCUUCCUGGGGAACCUGCUGGUGAUCACCACCUUCACCCUGUACCGCCGGCUGCGCCUGCGCAGCAUGACAGACGUCUUCCUCUUCAACCUGGCCGUGUGUGACAUGCUGCUGCUGUUCACCAUCCCGCUGCAGGCCGGCGACAUGCUUCUGGACCAGUGGGACUUUGGCAACAUCCUCUGUAAGAUGACGCGCGGCCUGUAUGCCAUCAACACCUACAGCGGCCUGCUGCUGCUGGCCUGCAUCAGCGUGGACCGCUACGUGGUGAUUGUGCAGACACACGCCGCGCAACGCCUGCGCCGGGGGCAGCUGCACUACGGCAAGCUGGUCGUGCUUGGGGUGUGGCUGGUCUCCCUGCUCCUCAGCCUGCCGGAGAUCAUCUUCGUUAGUGUGGAUGAGGCUUCCAUGCAGUGCGAGCUGCAGUCGACCUGGGAGGUCAGGAUGGCCACGCGCUCCACCCAGAUCGCCGGCUUCUGUCUGCCUUUCCUGGUGAUGCUGGUGUGCUACUCCCUGAUUGGCCGCACGCUGCUGAGGGGGCAGGGCUGGCGACAGCAGCGCACCCUGCGGCUCAUCCUGCUCCUGCUGCUGGUAUUUGUGCUCUUCCAGCUCCCUUACACCGUCGUGCUCUCCGUCAAGGUGGCGGGUGUCGUCGCAUCGUGCACCCAGUGGAACGCCACCCUCAUGGCCGAAUAUGUCACGCGGAGCCUGGCUUACACACGCUGCAGCCUGAACCCCCCGCUCUAUGCCCUCGUGGGCGUCCGCUUCCGUGGUGAUGUCCAGAAGCUUCUCAGUAGCAUGGGCUGCCUGGCCUGCGCUCUGUGCGGCGGCGCCUCGACCUCGCCCCCCGACAGCUGUGCCUCCACCACCCCCACGCUGCCGACAUCCAGGUCGUACCUCACAUCCACCUCCACCACCUUCCUUCCCACUCCACUGUCGCCCGUCCUCCCAGAUCACCGGAAGCCACCCUGUGCCUUGCCCAUCAUCCAUCCAGCCCACGUGAAGGAGUACAUCACUUCCUCAAACUACUGUUCUGAGCUGCGCCACCAUGUUUCCUGAAAUAUGCCGUUUCCUGUGGUUAUCAAGCCUCUAUAUGAAGAGUUGUGAAGUUUAACCUCAGUGAGAAGUGUAUGUGGAACUGUUAAUGUGAAACGAAGAGUUAUAAUUCAUUAUAACUUUCAUUAUGUUGAAUCAUUAUAUUGAUUUUUUUCUUUGUUUUUGUUAUAUUGAAUUUUUUUAAGUUUCUUUCAUGUUAAAUAUUGCUUAAUGGUCUGGGCUGAUGGUGUAUGAAGUAAUAUUUUGUAUUUCCGUCAAUGAUUUUAUUUAGAUGCACUGUGCCCACUGAGCAUAUAAAUAAACUUGCUUUCAGUUGCCCUCUGCUUCACUGAAUACGAUUAUAUAGACUGUAGGCGUGUGGGAUGCCUGCAGGUGGUCUGGUUUCCUCCCACACCUUCAGAUGAUGUACUGAUGUCGAAUGACUCAUAUUCCUGGUUCUGCACUAUGCUUCUAGUAAUUGUAUAUAUGGAUCAAUGUGACUUGAUUCAAAAGACUGCUAAUUGAAAAGGUUGCAAAAAUAUUUGCUUAAAAUUAUGACAGGAUUUCAAGUUUGAAUGAACUAUUAUGUUAAAUUUAAUAAUGGUAUUGCCUGGCUGUGCAUGUGCCGAUUAUCCUGAAUACAUUCCAGAAUUUGCAAUACCUUUAUCUGCCUGUUUAGUGUUUUUGACACCAUAACAUUUUCACCAGCAGUAACAUGUAACAAACACUGAAAUGCUUUUUAAUGCCUAAGCCACUGUCCCAACUUCAUCAGCAAAAGCUUUGAGGGUAAUUACACUGCCCUCUUCUGGACAAAAUGCUCACAUCAGAUCUUUAGCAAUUGCAGUAAUGAGCAUUACAUCGGUCCUCUGGACCUACUUCCUCCUGUUGAGUUCUGACAUAGAUUGCCACCAUCUUCUGAAGUCAAAGGAGUUCCAACCCAAGUGUGGCUACUAUGAUGCUUAUACAGUAAUAUGUUACUAAUAAGUACUGCUUGGUUUUAUUAAAUAUAAAGUGUGAAUAAACGGCA